UUAAACGUGGCCUUUUUUAUGCAGUUGAUUGUCGUCAGUAUUUGAGCUACUCCUGACAGUCGUGUUCGGUGACCCGUGAUCGCUCGUCUUAUUUAUAGAAGCUUUAUGAAUAUGAUUAAAAAUUUCAUACACCAUCAGAACGGAGAGGGCCUCUUUAUCGAGAGAUGGCCUGUGGAACUAGAAUAAGGACAAGCAUGAUUAAAAUCCGCUGAAUGUCUCGGCGAUAUUAAUAAAAUCGAACCAGUAAAUCUGGAAAAAUAUCGGAGCUAACGCAGAACCACUGUGACUGUAGUGAUGAUGGCUAUCAUGACUCGAUGCUGUUGCUUCAGCACAAGGAAAGGUGCAAUUGCGGCUGGGAUAUUUUCUUUGAUAUAUUGUGCAAUUUUGGGUGGUUGCAGUGUUUGGAGCUAUGUCUGCAUAUCAGUUUACAUUUUCUUAUACAAUAUGGGCUUCAUCUUGUACUUCUACUACGUACUGUUUGCAUGUUAUGUCAUAUUAUCCAUCGCAUCAGUCUGGUUACUUGUCGGAAUUUCUAAGGAUUUACCAAUAACGCUCAAGCUGUACAUCAUAUUUCUAAUGACAAUGAUGUUGUCAGAGGUCAUAUUCUGGGUCGUUGCCUUGGCAACACUGGGUUUUGCGGAAGCUUGUGUCAUCCUUUCAUUUGUAAUCUACCUGACCUGUCUCCCUUUCCACAUUGUCAACGUGUUAUGUGUCAUCUCUCAAUACCAAGGGAUGAUACAACGGGCAGGCGUACAGGCAAUCAACACUACUGGUCCUGCCACACAAAUUCAAGAAUUGAAGCCACAUUACCCCAACACCACGACCACCACUAUCCACGGCUUAGUGCCUACCUCCCAGCCCGCACCCAGCGUCAUCGUGCUGAAGUGUCACCAGCCGGACCGGAACCACGACUCAACACACCAUCCCAUCCACGGAAAGGGCUUCCGUCAACAAGGAUAUGUCUGAUAAUACCAUUCACUAUUAAAAAUUAAAUCACUCUAACAAUAAAUAUGUUGAACUAUAGAGACAAAACUACGUUUGUAUGUGGCUACAAUUUGCUAAUUAUUUAAUAUAAAACACCCUCAUCCAAGUGAUUAAAAAUGAAUUACGCAGCAUAUGAAAUCAUUCUCAAUAUUUUAAUACUCAAUAGGCACACAGAAACCACACUGUCUUGAUAUUUUCUUUUUACGUUUUUUGGAAACUGGAGAAAAAGAAGUCAGCGUAUUUCUGAUUGUAGAAUUUUCUCACAGUUAUUAGCCCUCAGCCUGUGGUCAGUCAUUUGUGUCAAAGUUCUGGUCUUUCAUAGGUGUUUAAAAUUAGUUUGAGUGCAUUUACUUAAAUUUGUGUAAGAAUGAGCAUUUCAGCUCGUAGUGCAUAAAAUAAAAUAUGAAAACAUUUAUUGCGAAUAUAAUUGCACCAACCCAUUGGAUCUUAAUUGUGUGAAAAUAAAUUAGCUUAGGCCUA